AUGCGGUGCGCGAGCAAGGCCGCCGAGAGCGCGUCCGCACGUCUCUGUGCGGACGCCGAAGCAGAAACCGCAGCAACUGAUGUCUCAUCGGUUGCCGAAGCGACUCAGCCUGUGUCACUUGGUGAUGCAGGCGCUGGUCAUGAAGACACUCAUGUCUUCACAGAGUAUGAGCUCGGAGUCUCAUACUCUCCUGAUACAGAAGACGGAUCCGUAUCGACGGCGAUCGAAUCCAAGCCGCCUGCCAAGCGUGGCAUGGAUGAUGCUAUGCGUCGUAGCAUCUUUGGUUCAUCUGAUGAAUCAGAUGAACCAUCGCCGAAGCGAAGGCGCUCGAGGUCGCGAGACUCGGGCGCUAACAGUGGUGUCGGUUCUCCUAUGGACACCACUUCGCAACGAGGUGCCAGUCCUUCUGUCGGCACGUCGCAGGAAGAGCGCGACCGCAAUGUGUUGCGUCUCGCUCCUGAGAAGAAGGCAUGGAUGCCUCCUAAAUCUGUCAUGGAUCACUUGUCGGCGACGACGAGUGAUCGUUAUCGAACACGGUUACAUCGAUGGUACAGUGGGAAUCACAAGCGUGAUGGUACCUCACUGCUUCAGGCGUGGAACGCCUACAUCCAUAACCUUGAGGAUGUAGGUCGUGACGUUUGGAACGACAAACUUUUCAAAGCUCGUGACAAGUUUGAAAAGAGAACCCCGACAGUUGCACGCUACAAGCUGCAUCGUCUGUCAAGGGAGAAGGGAUUACCCUGCCUCUCUUGGGGAGACUCGUGCCCAUGUUGUGUGAACAACUAUGCACGAGCACCUAAAGAGGCUUACCUCCUUACUAGCCCGUGGUGGCGCGUACGUAUCUCUAGUGAGAUGUACGAAGGGAUGGACAACCUGAAAUCCCUUUACGACCGUGCCGGGAAGACUUUCUCAGGCGGUCCUUCUGCGGCACAGGAUGUGCCGCGUCGUACUGCUCAACCAGACCCAGUACGUCAACCAUCAGUUGGGAGCGGGGCUCCCAAGCAUCCCAGGACGGGGGAUAGCCGCGCCACCGGACGAGAUAACUCGUCCGACGUCCGUUCACGUCGCGGUGGUUCAACAGCUGCUCAACUAGAUAGCGCUGGCCACCGCGAGAUUCCUCUAAUGGAGGUGGAGGAGGAGGAAAGACGCUCUCCACACGAUCGUGGGGAUCCGUGUGUUCCCGAGGGCUUCUUUGAUCGCGUAACGCAAGGGUUACGCAACGAUCUCAAACAUGAGCGGGACAGGCGUCUCCAAAUGGCGGACACUGUCUCGAAACAUCGAGCUGAGUUUGCCUUUGCUCAGCUUGAGAACGAGAGAGCUCUGACAUCUCUUCGUGACGAGCUAAGGGUAGCUCGUGGGAUUGUUGAUCGGUCUCAGGAUGAGAUAACUGCUCUUCAGACCCUUGUCGAUGUCCACCAUCGGGAGCACAAGGCUCUCUGCGAGAUGCUUGAGCGCAAGGGCGUUCUUCAUCGGAAGAAGCAGCGUACUGAUGGUACGGCUUAA